GCAAGCAUUAUUUUUACACAUUCAGAGCAUUGUGUAUAUAAACCUUCAAUCCCUACUGUCCAGAGUUCACACUUCACUGGGACACAUCUAAACCUACAACAUGGGAAAGAUCAUCUUCUACGAAGACAGGAAUUUCCAGGGUCGCUCUUAUGAGUGUAACUCUGAAUGCCCAGACCUGUCUUCAUACUUUAGACGCUGCAACUCCAUCCGUGUGGAGGGUGGAAAUUGGAUCCUGUAUGAACACCCCAACUACAGAGGACACCAAUACUUCCUUCACAGAGGAGAAUACCCAGACUUCCAGCAAUGGAUGGGCUAUAAUGAUUCUAUUAGGUCUUGUCGCCUGAGUCCUCAACAUCAGGGUUUAUUCAGAAUCAAGAUUUAUGAAAGAGAAGACUUCAAAGGUCAGAUGAUGGAGUUCAACGAAGACUGUGCAAAUGUCUAUGAGAGAUUCCGUUACCAUGACAUCAACUCCGUGGAUGUACAAGAUGGAUACUGGAUGUUCUAUGAGGAACCCAACUACAGAGGACGUCAGUUUUACCUGAGACCUGGAGAGUACAGGAAAUACAAUGACUGGGGAGCCAGUCAACCAAAAAUUGGCUCCUUCAGAAGAGUCCACCACACCUAUUAAACAUAAAACUAUAGCUAAUCUUUUAAUUUCAUGCAAUAAAAUAUUUAAUUAAUCCUUA